CCUCUAAAUUAAUGCCGAGAAAAGAAAAUACCGUAAACAAAAGUGAAGUGCCCUUAUCAGUAAUGAAUUGUAUGUAAAUUCUUAAAACACUGGCGACUCAAAACUCUUUCAGUAAGUAAAAUGUUGCUCAGGAUGAAGCUUGUCCUAGUUUUAUCGAUUUUGCUCAUUGCGUGUCAGUGUAAAAAAGCCAAUGAUGGACAAAAACCCGACUGGGCAAAGAAGGAUAUCAGGGACUUUUCAGACGCUGACAUGGAAAGAUUGUUAGAUCAAUGGGAGGAAGACGAGGAGCCACUGGAACCGGACGAACUUCCUGAAUACCUCAGACCGCAGCCUGCCCUAGAUUUUAGUAAAAUCAAAGGUAAUGACCCAGAAAGCAUACUAAAGCUGUCUAAAAAAGGGAGGACUUUGAUGGUUUUCGUUACCGUCACUGGAAACCCUACUCCAGAAGAGACAGAAAAAAUAACGAAGCUCUGGCAGACUAGUCUGUGGAACAACCACAUUCAGACAGAAAGGUAUCCAGUCGCAGAUAAUAGGGUUAUUCUCAUGUUCAAAGAUGGCUCCUUGGCAUGGGAUGCUAAAGACUUUCUAAUAGAACAAGAAAGAUGUCUAGAAGUAACUAUAGAAAAUAAGAGCUACCCAGGAAAAUAUUCUGCUGUUGAACCAGAAGAUACCGUAAAAUCGGAACUGUAAGCUGUGAGACGGCAACAAUGCUCUAGAACUUUAAUUUAAGAAGUGGUUCUCUCUCUUAGAGACAUUCCGGCUAAUUUUCAAAUUCUACUUGGAUGUUAAUUCUUGUACCAAGUUUUUUUAUUGUGUUUUUUUUUUGUGUGAACUGUGUCAACGUGUUGUCACUUCCCAAUUAUGAUCUGAAAGUCCUAUCAUGUGUGUGACUUUUUCGACUGCGGUAACAUUAACCUUAAUUGUAAAAAUUAAAGUAGGUUAAGUAUCUAGUCUGUGAUCUACAAAAACUUUUGUUUUUUCAAUAACCAUUGAUUAUGAGUGCCA